AUGACAACAACAUUGGAAACAAAGAUCGGUGCGGUUCAUGGCACGUCUAAGGAUGGUAUCGCAAAUUUCAAAGGCAUACCCUACGCCAAGGCACCGAUCAAGGACUUGCGAUGGCGACCUCCACAGCCUCCAUCGCCCUGGCAGGGCAUUUUGGAUGCGACCAGCUUCGGCCACACUAGCUGGAGCUUCCUUGUUGGCGAUGACAACUCCAACGCGGACGAAGACUGUCUCAAUCUGAAUAUUUGGUCUCCGUCUACCGAUGGCAAUGCAAGACUACCGGUUAUGGUAUAUAUUCACGAAGGCGGCUUCGUGUUUGGCAACGGCAGCAAAGCAUUCCUCGACGGCCAGAGACUCGCGCAGAAAGGCGUUGUCGUGGUGACGUUCAAUUAUCGACUGGGUGCUUUUGGCUUUCUGGCGCUCGACGAACUAGACGCAGAAGGUUCCAAUUCAGGCAUGUUCGGUCUACAGGACCAACAAGCCGCACUACAAUGGGUGCAAGCGCACAUCUCGUCUUUUGGCGGCGAUCCAAACAAUGUCACCGUUUUUGGUGAGUCGGCCGGCGCACAUUCGAUCGGUAUCUUGAUGUCGUCUUCAGCUUCCAAGGGCCUCUUCCACAAAGGGAUUCUGCAGAGCGGCGCGUUCUGGAAUCAGGUGUUCGACUACGACAUGGACUUCGCUAGAGCGCGUGAGCAUGGCAAGAAGAUUUUUGGCCGGUUAGAUGUGUCGAGCCUCGCUGAGCUGCGCGAAGUUCCAGCAGAGACAUUUGUGGCGCACUAUCCGUUCGAUUUCUCAGGCCCUCCCGAUCUUCUCAAUUUCGCGCCCAGUAUCGACAAGCAAGUCCUUCCGGAAAAGGGACUCCGUAUUUUCCAGCGUAAUGAGCAGAUGAAGAUCCCAGUGAUGACCGGUUUCACGGUUGAUGAGGGGACGCUGUUCAAGAACAUGUUAACAGCUCACUCGACCCCAGAAGAAUGGGAACUUAUCGGCAAAACAAUUGGUGGGCCAGAGCGAUAUGCUGAGUUUCAAUCGCUUUACCCAGCGGAUGCUUCAGGAACGCCACUUCCCAAGUCAAUUACUGACUUCGUGGGAGACCUAUACCUCGCGCAUCAAACCUGGAAAGCAGCCACAUCUCAGCUAGCUGCUGGUAUCGAAGACGUGUACAUGUCUCUCUUCUCGUACACGUCGGAGUACAACCCUGUGGCCCUGCACGCUUCCGACAUCAACUUCAUGUUUGGCACCAUCGACCAGCCGCAGUUCUACAACCCGCCUUUUGUGCAAUACUCCGAGUCAGAUCGCAAAUUCUCUGACGCGAUAAUCACGUAUUGGACGAACUUCGCUAAAUUUGGGAAUCCUAAUGCCGAUAAUCUGCCUGCUUGGCCUAAGUAUCGAGGAGACGCAGGUGACGUGAUGGGCUUGGGGCAGGAACUUGGCCCAACGCAAAUCCAGAUCGCGCGAUUCCAGUUCAUUGACUCUCUCUACAGGGAAGGCCAUUUGAGGCGGGAAUGGUUGGAUUUGGCGUCGCAAAACGAUACAAAGGCGUAG